CUGCCCGCCGCCCCCCCUUCGUUCCUGGGCGCCAAAGUCGCCCCCGCCGACUUCGCGCAGCCUCCGCGUGCCGCGCAGGAGCCCUCGUUGGAGUGCGUCCUCUACAAGGCCGAGCCGCCCCUCCUGCCCGGCGCGUACGGACCGCCGGCGGUCCCCGACAGCCUGCCGUCCACCUCGGCCGCGCCGCCCGGCCUCUACUCGCCGCUCGGCCUCAACGGGCACCACCAGGCGCUGGGCUUCCCCGCGGCCGUGCUGAAGGAGGGCCUGCCCCAGCUGUGCCCGCCCUACCUGGGCUACGUGCGGCCAGAUACAGAAACCAGCCAAAGCUCCCAGUACAGCUUUGAAUCACUACCCCAGAAGAUUUGUCUCAUCUGUGGUGAUGAGGCUUCUGGUUGCCACUACGGAGUACUCACCUGUGGGAGCUGUAAAGUCUUCUUUAAAAGGGCAAUGGAAGGUACUAUAUCAUACCAUUGUUCCUAAUUAUGUUAAAUAGUCCUCUCUAGGUCUGCGAAUAACGUAUCCUUUACUUACUGAUAAUCUUUAAAAACAUGAUUACCGUCAUUUUUUGGCAACUCUAUUUAAGUAUUACAGUGAAUACUAACUAAAUUCUUUCAUUAUUAACUUCACUGGUAUUCCUUUUUUACUUUCCUUGUUGGCUGUUUGUUGUUAAUACAAAUAUUGGAGAUCACGGGGUUUCUGGUGGAAAUGUUUUAAGUUUGUUUUCUUUGAAUAUUUCUGAAAAAUCUGUAUUUGCAGGAUGUUACUGAUUGAUAAAGACAUACAGAGAAGGUCAGUACAGUUAGACUAACAAAAAACUUGGCUUUUACCUAGCCUCUUCAUACCUACCUUUUUUUCUUUUUUUAUUUUUAAGUCUUUUUCCAAAGUCUGAUCCUAUGGUGAAGAAAUAUGUUGGGUUUUUUUUGGUUUGUUUUUUUAGUAUGAAUAUUAGAAGAAUGGGGAACAACCUCAGAAAGCUGAACUGUGACAACAGAAACUAUAUAAAACAGAAGUUUUAUAGGAAGAAUGACAAGUGAACAUGAGCUAGAUGAACAAAUGGAGUUACUUGGUUUAUGCAUUAGUUGCAAGUUUGCAGGGAGUUGUUUAUAACGAUGGACUGAUUUACUUUCACUGAAGUGCAGAAUAUAAUUAUUAGCAUUGAAAUAAUCUCAUUCAUAGAUCGAUCUCUAAUUUCAUUUACACUUGAAGCACUUCUUCACUUCUUUCUAGUCAGAAAUAAAGGUGACAAAUUACUCCUCUUUAAAAAGAAUAUUUUAAUUUCAAAUGCAAGUGAAAAUAGUGCUUAAAAUUCACAGAGUCGAAGUAAUAAAUUCAGUUGAGAUAUUUUUCUUACAGAAUGUCUCCUUCUCCUUCAUUUUUUGGCGCAGGAAUGGUUGAUGUACCUUUAAAAAAUUUAAUACUCCUCUCCAUGUUUCUUUAAGAAUUAUUUGUGCAAAUAAGGUAUUUGACUUUUUGAGUGCAAAUUUAUCAUCUCAGCCCUAUUUUUUGUAUACUUUCCAUAAGGUACAGAACGCUAUAAGAAAUUAAAAAAAAAAAAAGGUUACAAAAUAGAUUACUUGGGCUACCUGCUGGAUUUUCUGUAUUUAGAUUUCUCUUUAUAUCAUUGCACAGUUGUCAAGUUCAUACAUGACAAGAGACAUAAUGUAGUACUAUUGGGUUAGUCACAAAAUGCCUAUAUUCUAUUUUAAUUAAUUAUGUAAUCUCAGAUGUGUUGGCUGUUUCAAAUCUCAUAGCAAAUGUAUUUUUUUUUUCCCAACAAAAUCCAUUAUUCAUACACCACUCAUUUUACUUAUUCCUAGUGUGUAAGAAGUACAGUAUUAAAUAAAUACUUCCUUUGGGAUGAAACUGACCAUCAUGUUAUCCAGAAAACUCCAUUUUCCAUAUCUAACCUUUUUGAAAUAAAUAUUUGAAGCUGUGCAGGUGAAUCUAGGAAAGUUUCUAUGCUGAAUAUGAUUUAAUUUGAGUAGAGCUAACAGAUAUCUGUAUAUUGUGACAGUAGUCCAGAACUGUAUGUGGAUAACUAAGAUGAAAUUAUAGAUUUCAAUUUUUUAAGAAUGUUGGCAAUAAAUUCUUACAUAUUUA